AUGGAACCGGAGCCGACCCUUGCCUCUCUCCUCGAGGCUAUCCAAACCCUCACCAGCCAAGUCGGGUCCUUGCAGGCCCAAAUCCACACUCAAGGCCAACAGCUCUCUGAGCUCAAAGCCAUAUGCAAGGAGACCAACGACCUUGUUGGAGACAAGGACCAGGGCGGAGCCCAAGCCAAGCCUGGCCCAUUGACUGGGCCUAUCACUCCCCCCACCCAUACAGGGGGAGAAGCGCACACUCCAGGAACGGUUAGGCCUGGACUCAAGGCCCCCUUCCGCCCUUCAAGAGGCACAGGUUUUGAUUCCGAGGAAGAAGAGGAGCCAAGAAGAGCUCCCAAAAAGGAGCCUAUGGGAACGCCUAAACGCUCCCUCAGUUCCCUCACCCCCUUCGACUCCGGGUCUUCAGUGAAGCGGCCCAAAAUGGAGUUACCGGACCCUUAUAAGGGAGACACCAGGGGAAGGAAGGCCACACAGUGGCUUGAUCGGAUGCUCCUUUGGGUUGCCCUCCACAGGGAUCAGUUUGAUGAAGAGGAACAGAUGGUGGUAUGGAUUUUAUACCACAUGACAGACAAGGCCGCCGACUGGGCCCUCCCCAUCAUCGGAACCAUCAUCAAGGGCAAGGGGAAUCCUCCAAUCACCAUCCCGGCCUUAACAGCCAAGUUCAAAGAAGCCUUUGCCGACCCAGAUGCAAAGAGGGCGGCCGCCAGAAAGAUCGCCGCGUUAACUCAGACCACCACCACGUCUGAGUACGUCACAGAAUUCCGCAACCUCAUGGCGGAACUAGACUGGAACACUGAGGCGUACAUUGCCCAGUUUACGCGCGGUCUUCACUGGAAGGUGAAAGAACUCCUGUCCACCAAGGACAACAUUCCCGACAAUGACCUAGAGGCCAUAUUCGCCGCCUCGGUCAAAAUUGACAACACUCGUUGGGAGAACAAGGAAAACCGCCCUAAGAAGGCUCCCACCAAGGCUCCGGUCGCCACGACCACCUCUACCUCCACCACUACCACCAGGGUCCGUUUAUCAGAGGACCCCAAUUACGUCACUCCGGAAGAACGAGACCGUCGCCGCGCGUCUGGCCUCUGCGUCAAGUGCGGACAAAAGGGCAUGGCAUCAAACAAUGCCCAAAUGGAUGGAAGGCCACAAUCAAGGAGGUUGCCAAGGUGGCAGAAGAAGAAGGGUCGGGAAAAGAUUGAGGCCAAGGACUACCCUCUGGACUCGAAUAAAAAACCCUUAUUAUUUAUCAAUCUUGAACUGCACGACUUCCCGACGGAACACCUCAAAACCCUGAUUGAUUCAGGAGCCACAUUGAACUUCAUAUCCCCCGCGAUUGUGGAAAAAUAUAAAAUCCCAAAAACCCAACUCGAAAAUCCACGAGUUGUGAGAAUGUUAGAUGGUACUAUAUCUCAGACUGGUUGCAUAUGGCACCAGGUUCAACUCGCGGUCUUGGCCAAUGGCCACCCCCACACCAUUCCUUUCCUUGUUUGCCCCAUAGGCAACACCCCGGCUAUUCUAGGCAUGACAUGGUUAACGGCAGAAGCUCCUUUGAUUGAUUGGCAACAGGGACUAGUUACCUUCCCUGAACAAGCUCAAAUCGCCUCUGAAGAAGAAGCGGAUUCAGACCCUUUAGCAGACCUUCCCCCUCAGUACCAUGAAUUUGCUAAAGUGUUUGGCAAAGAAGAAUUCAAGGUCCUCCCUCCACAUAGGGAGUAUGACAUCUCUAUAGACCUUGUCCCGGACGCCAAACUAACUCCUGGUCCCAUAUAUGGCAUGACUGAUGCGGAGUCCAAGGCGCUCAAACAACAUAUUGAUGAAGAGCUAGCCACGGGCAAGAUUCGCCCCAGUACUUCAUCAGCAGGUGCCCCAGUAAUGUUUGUGAAAAAAGCAGAUGGAUCUCUCAGGCUGGUAGUCAACUAUAGGAAGUUGAAUGACGUCACCCACAAAAACGUCUAUCCCCUUCCCAGACAAGAUGACCUUAUGGCCAAGUUACGGAACGCCAAGUUAUUCACCAAGUUGGACUUACGAUGGGGUUACAACAAUGUUCGGAUCAAAGAAGGCAACGAAUGGAAAACAGCCUUUAGAACCAAAUAUGGUCUCUUUGAGUACCUAGUCAUGCCCUUUGGACUUACAAAUGCCCCGGCAGCGUUUCAACACUUCAUGAAUGACCUUUUUAGGGAUCUGAUUGACGUAACGGUGGUCAUUUACUUGGACGACAUCCUCAUUUUCUCAGAAAAUCCAGAAGAACACCCGGCCCAUGUCAAAGAAGUACUGUCCCGAUUGAUGAAGAACCAGCUGUUCUGCAAACUGUCAAAGUGUUAUUUCCACGUCACAACAGUUGAUUACCUGGGCAUUGUUAUCUCCCCUGCUGGAUUCUCCAUGGAUCAGAAGAAGAUUGAGGCAGUUACAUCGUGGCCUCAGCCCAAGACAGUCAAGCAGGUACAGGGAUUCCUAGGAUUUGUGAAUUACCUCCGCCGCUUUAUCCCCAACUUCAGUUCCGUGGCACGCCCCCUCCACAACCUCACACAAAAGGAAACCCCCUGGUCAUGGGGUGACCUAGAAGAAGUGGCAUUCCAGGAACUGAAAGCUCUUGUCACCCGGUCACCGGUCUUAAUCCAUUCCAACCCCAAACUUCCAUACUACCUAGAAACAGAUGCAUCAGGAGUAGCCAUGGGAGCAAUUCUCAGCCAGAGAGGGGAAGAUAACCGUUUACACCCAGUAGCCUACAUGUCUAAAUCCUUCUCCGGUGCCAAGGCCAAUUAUGACACCCAUGAUAAGGAGCUCCUAGCCAUAAUCAAGGCAUUAGAAGAAUGGCGGAUCUUCCUAGAGGCAACGGACAGACCAAUCCAGGUGUUUACAGAUCAUAGGAACCUGGAAUAUUGGAUGCAGGCAAGGACUUUUAACCGACGGCAUGCUAGAUGGCGCAUAUUCCUGAGCGAUUUCAAUUUUGAGAUACAUUACCGCCCAGGAAAGCAAUCCGGGAAGCCAGAUGCCUUGUCCAGACAACCGGACUAUGUUGAUACCGCCCAAGAACCCGAAGUCAUGUUACCGUCAGAGGUCUUUGCAAACACAUUGGAAGAAGAGCUGGAAAUCGUUACAGAAGUACGCUCUAAACUGAGGGAAGACCCCUCCCUGGAACCUAUCAUCCAGUUCCUGACCAAAGAUGCUGAUAACGCCCCUCCAUCAAUAAAGAAGGCUUAUAGAGACUACGACUGGGAAGAGGACCUCCUAUGGUACCGAGGGAAACUGGUGAUCCCGGACAAUGAGCCCCUAAAGGAAAGACUCCUCAGAGAAUUCCAUGACUCCCCCCUAGCAGGACACCCGGGUCAGCAAAGAACCCUUGAACUCCUGAGCCGGAGCUACUGGUGGCCAGGAAUGAAGUCUACAGCCAAGGAAUGGGUAGAAUGUUGUCCCACCUGCCAAGCCAACCGACGUGCGCACGCUCCUGUUAUCUCCCUGAAACCCUUAGAAGUCCCGCCAUUCCCCUUCCACACCAUCUCAUACGACUUCAUUACGGGGUUUCCCAAAUCAAACGGGCACGACGCAAUCCUAGUGGUCAUUGACUCAUUUUCCAAGUUUGGACACUUCAUUCCGACCUCAAAGAAAGUCACAGCCAAGGGUCUGGCGGAUCUAUUUGUCAUGCACGUAUGGAAGUUGCACGGAUUACCCGUCAGGACUAUCUCGGAUAGAGGUACCACAUUCACAGGAAAAUUCCUUAGGGCCCUCUAUCAACGGUUGGGAAUCAAACCAUUGUUUUCCUCAGCUUACCACCCAGAAUCUGACGGACAAACGGAACGGGUAAACCAGUUCAUUGAAUUCUACCUCCGUUCUUACGUAGCCGCGGAUCACUCAGACUGGGCUACGUGGCUACCUCUGGCAGAAUAUGCGUACAACAACGCCAGACACGCGUCCACAGGAAAAACACCCUUUGAAUUGGUCUAUGGAAAAAAUCCGGUGAUGAACCCCUCCAACGUACCAUCCAAUGUACCAGAAGCAGACCAAUUAGCAGACACCUUGGCCAAUGAAUGGAAGGAAGCGGAGUCCGCCCUCAGGAUGAGCAAGGAAAAAAUGACUAGGGAUAAAGGAACCAUCCCCAAAUAUUCAAUCGGUGAAAUGGUCUGGCUAGAUGGAAAAAACGUGGAACUCAGGACCAACUCCAAUAAACUGGAUCCUAGGAGACUAGGCCCUUUUGAAGUCUUAGAGAAGAUUUCCAGUCAUGCAUACCGCCUAAAGCUGCCGGAAACUCUGAAAAUCCACGAUGUGUUCUACGUGGGACUAUUGUCCAAAGUUCAUGAGUCCCCUAGCCAACCGUUUCCAGAACGACCCCCUCCAGAGACAAUUGAGGGGGAAGAAGAGUAUGAAGUGGAACAAAUCAUUGACUCAAAAAGGCAACAAGGGAAAUGGUUCUAUCUGAUCAAGUGGAAAGGAUACGGCCCAGAGGACAAUUCUUGGGAACCAGAAGAACUCUUGGAGCACAGCCAGGAGGAAAUUCAACGUUUCAACAAGUCACAACUGAAAAAGGCUCGUGACUCCGCCAAGAGCCUUUAA